CUCGCUGGCUUAGGUGUUUACGAGCUCGGGGGCGCGGCCCCGACGCAAGCUGAGCCUCCCCUCCGCAGCCUGGAGCCGCGGUGACAGCGCUGACGGUUGUUGUUUUUCACUUGUCUGUGUCCGGUGUUCUUGGGCUCCAGCACCUGCAGCCCGCGCGGGACACAAGGAGGGUGGCCCAGAUGGGACGUGGGGUGAUUAGCUCAGACCCACGGGAUCUGGACCAAAUGUGGCUCCCAGCUCCUUCGACUGCGCUGCCUCCGAUCCAUCCCUCCGAGUGACAGUUGAAAGGGGAACGAGAUUUUUACCUCCCUUGAGAGAGAAUUCAGCAAAGCUCGGUUCGUAAAGGAGAAAGGGGGAAAAAAAAAAGGAGUCGCUUCCAGGCAUCCAGGGAACCUGGACAUAGAAGAAAGAUUCCUGGUGGGAUUUUAGAACUUCGCCAAGGCACCUUCUGCUAUGAAAUUCAAAAGCCUUCAUUCCCGUUAAGGGAAUUCCACAAGGGGAGGCAUUUGAUUCCCCUGAAGACCUCUGUUGAACACAGACAACAGUUCCAGCCACCACAGCUAAUCUGGAUCAUAAAUCAACCUCAUGAAUGGGAGCCAUCAUGGUCUUGACAAGUCCAGAAACAUAUAGCUGAGUAGUUCAUCUACAAAAGAGAUUUGUGUUAUUGAAUUAAAAGAAGUAUUUAGCUCUAUCUCAAACCCCUCCUGUUGCACAACCAACCCCCAUUAUAAAAGGAAGUGCAAAAUGGAAUAAACUGAUUUUAAGUUACAUGCGAGGAUAAUUUACUAAAACAUUAAGCUAUGCAGAAAAACUCCAAGAGAAGCAAUAAUUCAAGAGUUUCUCUCACAGACACAAACUCUGUGGAUGCUGAGAAGGAAAAUCAUGAGAGUCAAAACAACUUUGUUGACCUGCUGCCUGAAGAAAUCAGUUUAAAAAUUUUCAGUCAGCUGGACAUGCGGAGUUUGUGCAGGGCUUCCUUGACAUGCAGGAGCUGGAAUGACACAGUAAGAAACAAUGACUCUUUAUGGAAACCUCACUGCAUGACUCUAAGAGCUGUGUGCCGGAGAGAAAUAGAUGAUGAUCUAGAAAGUGGUUAUUCUUGGAGGGUAAUACUCCUGAGGAAUUACCAGAAGAGUAAAGUGAAACACGAAUGGCUAAGUGGCAGAUACAGCAACAUUUGUUCUUCCAUUAGCCUACCAGAAAAAAUCAUGUACCCAAUGGAUGCAGAUACAUGGGGGGAAAUUCUAGAAGCAGAACUGGAAAGAUAAGGGGGAAAAAUUCACAAACAGAUCUCAGGUCUUUGAGAGUUUAAAACUCAAAUGACUCUUAGGUUGCAAAAGUAAUAUCUUUAUUUGUUCAUUUUGUUGUUGUUCGCCUUUUUAAAAGAAGAGGAAAUAGAAAAUAUUAUAAAAGUAAAGCUUUAUUUUUGUUUUGCACUUUAGUAAAAAAUAUUUUUCUGGUUUUACUGUAAUGUGGAAAAAUCAUGCAAUGUUAUUUUUUAAUAUUUAAAUAUUUUUAAAUUAUACUUUAAGUUCUGGGAUACAUGUACAGAACGUGCAAGUUUAUUACAUAGAUAUAUACAUGCUGUGGUGGUUUGCUGUAUCCAUCAACCCGUCAUCUACAUUAAGUAUUUCUCCUAACACUAUCCCUCCCCUAGGCCCCCACCCCAACAAGCCCCAGUGUGUGAUAUUCCCCUUCCUGUGUCAAUGUGUUCUCAUUGUUCAACUCCCACUUAUGAGUGAGAACAAGCAGUGUUUGGUAUUCUGUUCCUGUGUUAGUUUGCUGAGAAUGAUGGUUUCCAGCAUCAUCCACGCCCCUGCAAAGAACAUGAACUCAUCCUUUUUUAUGACUGCAUAGUAUUCCUUGGUGUAUAUGUGCCACUUUUUCUUUAUCCAGUUUAUCAUUGAUGGGCAUUUUGGUUGGUUCCAAGUCUUUGCUAUUGUGAAUAGUGCCACAGCAAACAUAUGUGUGCAUGUGUAUUUAUAGUGGAAUGAUUUAUAAUCCUUUGGAUAUAUACUCAGUAAUGGGAUUGCUGGGUCAAAUAAUAUUUCUAGUUCUAGAUCCUUGAGGAAUUGCUACACUGUCUUCCACAAUUGUUGAACUAAUUUAUUCUCCCACCAACAAUGUAAAAGCAUUCCUGUUUCUCCACAUCCUCUCCAGCAUCUCUUGUUUCCUGACUUUUUAAUGAUUGCCAUUCUAACUGGCAUGAGAUGGUAUCUCAUUCUGGUUUUGAUUUGCAUUUCUCUAAUGUCUAGUGAUGAUGAGCCCUUUUUCUUAUGGUUGUUGACCACAUAAAUGUCUUCUUUUGAAAAAUGUCUGUUCAUAUCCUCCACCCACUUUUUGAUGGGUUUUUCUUUUCUUGUAAAUUUAUUUAGGUUCUUCAUAGAUUCUGGAUCGAUUGCAAACUUUGUCAGAUGGAUAGAUUGCAAAAUUUUCCUCCCAUUUUGUAGGUUGCUUGUUCACUCUGGUGAUAGUUUCUUUUGCUGUGCAGAAGUUCUUUAGUUUAAUUAGAUCCCAUUUGUCAAUUUUGGCUUUUCUUGCCUUUGUUUUUGCUGUUUUAGUGAUGAAGUCUUUGCCCAUGCCUAUGUCCUGUAUGAUACUGCCUAGGUUUUCUUCUAGGGUUUUUAUGGUUUUAGGUCUGACAUUUAAGCCAUUAUUCCGUCUUGAAUUAAUUUCUGUAUAAGGUGUAAGGAAGGAGUCCAGUUUCAGUUUUCUGCAUAUGGCUAGCCAGUUUUCCCAACACCAUCUAUUAAAUAAAGGAAUCAUUUCCCCAUUGCUUGUUUUGGUCAGGUUUGUCAAAGAUCAGAUGGUUGUAGAUGUGUGGCGUUACUUGUGAGGCCUCUCUUCUGUUCCAUUGGUCUCUAUAUCUGUUUUGGUAUCAGUAACAUGCUGUUUUGGUUACUGUAGCCUGUAGCCUCAUAGUAUACUUUGAAGUCAGGUAGUGUGAUGCCUCCCACUUUAUUCUUUUAGCUUAGGAUUGUCUUGGCUAUAUGGUCUUUUUUUUUUCUUUUUUCGGUUCCACAUGAGAUUUAAAGUAGUAUUUUCUAAUUCUGUAAGGAAAGUCAGUGGUAGCUUGAUGGGGAUAGCAUUGAAUCUAUUAAUUACUUUGGGCAGUAUGGCAAAAUGUUAUUUUUAUAAAAUAAUAUACUAAUAGAAUGAUUUCAAAAUAUAAUAUUUCAUGCAUUUAUGAUAAUAUAUUCACAAUACUAAAUGAAAGAGUGACUGGUAUGUUCAGCUUAAUGAUAAUUCAGAAUUUCAGGAAGCCACUUGAAACUUAAGAUUCAUUAAGUGGUAGAUAUAACUAGGGGAUGCUCAUGGGAAGAAUAGCUAAGUAAAAAUAAUAGCAAUACAUUUAAAUUAAUACAUUGGCAUUUUAACCACUUUAACAUUUCCAUUUCAGUGGAAUCAGAUUGCAAUGUUCAAUAGGGAAACUAUUUUAAAUGUGUUAAGCCUGUGGUUUUGUUUUAAGUUAAUGUGAUCUUAGAGCUUAUGUAAACCUGGAAUGGCUCUCAGGAGCUGAAAGUAUGUGGAAAGUUUCCAGAACACAUAACUACCAUCAGAGCUGCCACACUAGCCUGGUAAAACUCGUUCUGACAGCCUUAUAGCACCAUCUAGUGUGCUAUUCUUAGAUGCUCUGACAAAGGAGUUUUUGCUCCUUUUUGUUUUCUCCAUAAUAAAAAGAAAGAAAACUGUUAUUCUAAAGAAUCCUUAACACUAGUCUUUGUUAAAGUUUAUAACUUUUUAGGAACCUUUAACUUUAUAUUUUUUAUUUUUACUUUUUAAAUUUUUUUUUUUUUGAGAUGGAGCCUCACUCUGUCGUUCAGGCUAUAGUACAGUGAAAAGAUCUUGGCUCACUGCAACCUCUGCCUCCCAGGUUCAAGCGAUUCUCCUGCCUCAGCCUCCCAAGUAGCUGGGACAACAAGCGCAUGCUACCACACAUGGCUUAUUUUUUAUUUUUAGUAGAGACAGGGUGUCACCAUGUUGGUCAGGCUGGUCUCAAACUCCUGACCUCAGAUGAUCUGCCCGCCUUGGCCUCUCAAAGUGCUGGGAUUACAGGCAUGAGCCACCGUGCCCAGCUAACUUUUUUCAUUUUAACUUUUGUUUCUCUUUUUCAUAAAAACAGAUAAUAUACUAUUCACUAUACAAAUUGUUUAUUCUGAAUCUGUAUUCAACACCAUGUAAAAAGUGUCUACAAAAUGCUUUAGUUAGUAUGGCAUUUUCUUUUUAAAAAGCGUUCUCUAUAGCAUUAAAUAUAAGAAUGCAGAAAACCAGUAUUUAACAGAUAGGCAAAUAUUAGAAAGAUGCCCCAUUAUAUGCAAAUUUCCUAUGUUGAAUCAAGCAGUAGAUAAUUAAUUGUCUCCUACUAUCUUCUCAGAGUUGGAAGAGGCCGUGAAAAUGAGGCAGUCAAGUCUCCAGGAUUAUCUAGUAAUUUUCUCAAUAGGAACACUGUCAGUCAGCCAGCCCAACCUCAAAUCCUGUACUUCUAAUAGAACCUCCAAUAUGUCACAGAAUAAAUAGUACAGUUGUAGUCUAGGCUUGCUCUGAGCAUUAGAAUUUCUUCCUCAUUGAGCUGAAUACCACUUCUCUGUAAUGUUUGCCUUCUAGCCCCACAUCUACCCUCUAGAACCAGGCUGAUUCAGUCCUCCUCCUUUACGAUUGCCAGAUAUUUGAAGACUGCUAGCCUGUCUCUUCCUAGAUCUUCUUCCUAAUUCCACUGAUAGUCAUAGAAUAUAAUUUCUAGACUCAACAGCAUUCUCUUCCAUCCAUCUUCUCUUAACAAAAGAAAGAUAUCCUACUAAUUUUAUUUCAUAAAAGAUAAGAAAGCACUUUGAAAUUUUCAAAAUAUGGGAAAAAAUUAAAGCUAUAAGCAUCUUGCUGAAUAGCAUCUGUGUACAAUAGUAUAUGCACACAUAUUUUUAGCUGUUUUAUUUGUAAUGGAUGUGGGUUAUUUUUGUCCAACCCCCUUACUAUCUAUCACCAUCAUCUGUUAAUAGAAGUUACCCUAAUUAGAGAGAUUCACCCAUCUCACUUCCAACCACCUACUACACAUGUGGGCUUUUUUUUUUUAACAUUAUCCUGUCUUUCACAGCCUCUGUGUUUAGCCUCAGGGUGGAAACAUGAUCCAGUCCACCCUUUCCAUAAGUUGGAAGAAAGAAGCCCUUUCCUCUUUGCCAAUGAAACUGUUCCCUGCCAUGCAAAGAAAAUGGAUCUUAGGUAAGAGAAUAUGGAGCCACCAGGAGAGAGAACAGUUGCAGGGAAAGAGGUCUCAUUUUAUUCCACACCCUGGUUCCAGCCAUUCCUCAUCUGCUUACCUAAACUAAUUCAAAUUGAGUUUUGGCAUCAUACUGGGAGCCCUACCUGAUGUGAUUUCUUUGCCUAUGUUUAAAAUGUAGUACUUGUGACUUACAUUAGUAUCUUGGAUUUUACUCUUGACUUCCUCACCAGUCAUUCAUUUACCAACCUGCUAUCAUAUGGCCAUCACUCCAUGUGGUUGAAACUGUUGUUAUCCAAAUUACAAGUGACUUAAUGGUUAAAUCCAUUGGAUGCAUUUCAGUCGUUAAUAUAUUUGACACACAUAAACACUCACACUGACACUCACAAGUACUUCUAAAAAACUCUCCUCCAUGGUUUGGGACUACAGUCUCUUGGACUUUUCUUUCCCUUCUCUAACCAGACUUUGCAGUUUCCUCCAAAGGCUCACUUUUGUUCAUCUACUUAUUACAUAUUAGUGUUCCCCAAGGUUCUGACUGUUGUCCUCUCGUCUCUAUAUUCUGACAUCUUUGGUGAUCCCAUCUACUACUCCUGGGUCAGCUACCAUUGUUGGUGCUGAUGAUGUCCAUGUUCGUGUCCCAACAUCAGAUCUCCUGGAGACGUUCCAGAAAUACAUAUGCUACUGUCUUUUGGAUUUUUAGCAAAGUUAUAAACACCUGAAUUAAAACUUGUCAUCUUAUAAAAGUAGUUCUUCCUCUAGUUCCUAUCUCAGUGAAUGGUAAGUCCUGUUAAAAAAAUCAACAUAUUUUACUUUCCUCCAUCAUUCUCCAUGUCCAGUCAAGUCAGUUCUUACUGAUUUUAUCAUCUGAAUAUCUAAGUAAUUCACCCCAUCUCCAUCUUUAUCUCUGCCUCAUUACUUAAUUCUUGUCCUUAUUCAAAAUUGGGAUUUCUAAAAUAACCUCUUAACUGGUGUUCCUGCCUCCAGUUCCUUCCUUUUACUGUUAGCAGUAUAAUCUUUGUUAAACCCCAAAUUAGCAUGUCACCCCUAACUUAAACACCUGACUACAUUCAGGUAGACAUCAAAAUUCUCUAGUAAAGCCUGUGGGACCUUUAAUGAUGUGGACUGACUUACCUCUCAAGCCUCUUCUCUAACAACUGUCCCACCCUAUAUCUUUCAGUUCAGUCUUACAAAACUAUUUCAUAAAAAUUUAUCACUUCUCUGCCUUUGCACAGGCUGUUUUAUGUACCUGGUAUAAUACCCAUUGUUGAUUCCUUUCUUCACAAGAUCUAUUGUAAAACUUACCAUCUUGGCUUGGAAGCGAUCUAGAACUACUACUGUUCUGGAUUAAGUGACUUAUUAAAUGUUCCUGUGGUUCUUUGUAUAGACCUCUCUCAAAGCUGUCAUAUUACAUUAAAUUGUCUAUUUUAUUUGUGUGUCUGCCCCUUUACACUGUGACUUUCUUAAUGGCAGGGACCAUUUUUUAUUUAUUUUUGUGUCUUAAAAACCUGGGACACCGUAGGUGUUUUAUAAAGAUUUGUUAAAUUAUUUCUGUUGUUAUUUAUUUUAAUCCUACCCAGAAUGUAUAAAAAUAAUUUACUAUAUUGUUAGUGAAUAAGAUCAUAUCAAAAUACAGUGUAUAAUCCUUGAGUUAUAUGGGAUGCUUGAUAGUAAUACAAAUAUAUGAAUAAUUGUUCCAGUCUUCUCCAAACCUGUAAGAGGGAAAUAGGAAAAUGAAAAUGUUUUGUUUUAUUUUUUUUUGAACACUUGAAAAUAAACUUAAUCUCAAAAAUAUCA